GACUGAGAGAGAGAGGGAACUGUCAUUCUAUCUCAGGCCUCAACUCCCAUGCACUGUAUCUGCAGAGAAGCUAGAAGACAGGAGAAUACCCCAAAGACAGAGACCGGAUGAUUUCAAUUUGUCCUACUGAUAUCGUCAUAAGAGAUAAGACACAGCAGUGAGAGUGUGUGUCUGUGUAUUUCUUAUAACGAGUGUGACACAGACCACUCUGUGUCAGCUGUGUGUUAGAGAAAUAACACACACUGGGGAAGAGUUUUCUUGUGGCAUUUGAUGUGCAGAUGUGUGUGUGACAUGUCAGGUGUGUGACUCAUUGUAGUUGUCAGGCAUUGAAUGUGCAUUUGAGACGUGAGUGUGGCCUUAAGUGUGCGAGAGGCUUCGGUUUCCUCUGGAUUUCUCUGGGAUGGAGGGUCAAGGCUACGACCGGUUUGGUGAAGGUGAGCGUGACACCUACCAGAUCGACUACCGCCGUAUCGUUGGUGAUACUGAGCCCGCUAGGCCGCGUCUCUUGCCCCUCGAAGGGGAACACAAUCACCCCAACGCCAACACCCAUGGAGCCUACACACACACCAACCCUCACGGCCACGAGACAGCCGCGCAGAGAUACAGCGCCACACGCAUCCAAGCCGGAUAUGAACCUGAGAGCAUGGCUGACUAUCUGAUCAGUGGAGGGACAGGGUACGUGCCUGAAGAUGGACUCACGGCUCAGCAGCUCUUCUCUGUCGGGGACGGACUCACAUACAAUGAUUUCCUGAUUCUUCCUGGUUUCAUAGACUUUAACUCUGAUGACGUGGACCUGACUUCAGCUCUGACCAGGAAGAUCACCCUGAAGACCCCUCUAAUCUCAUCUCCCAUGGAUACAGUCACUGAGUCCUCCAUGGCCAUCGCUAUGGCUCUCAUGGGCGGGAUCGGGAUCAUGCACCAUAACUGUACUCCAGAGUUCCAAGCCAACGAGGUCCGCUUGGUCAAGAAAUUUGAGCAGGGUUUCAUCACAGACCCGGUGGUAAUGAGUCCUCACCACACGGUGGGAGAUGUGUUCGAAGCCAAGGUCCGCCACGGCUUCUCUGGCAUCCCCGUCACAGAGACGGGAAAGAUGGGAAGCAAGCUGGUGGGUAUCGUCACCUCCCGAGACAUCGACUUCCUUUCCGAGAAAGACCAUGACAAACCCCUGGAAGAGGCCAUGACAAAGAGGGAAGAUUUAGUGGUUGCACCAGCUGGUGUAACACUGAAAGAAGCCAACGAUAUCCUGCAGCGCAGCAAGAAAGGUAAGCUGCCCAUAGUGAAUGACAGUGAUGAGCUGGUGGCCAUCAUAGCGAGGACAGACCUGAAGAAGAACAGAGACUACCCUCUGGCCUCUAAAGACUCCAGGAAGCAGCUGUUGUGUGGAGCUGCCAUUGGAACCAGAGAGGAGGACAAGUACAGACUGGACCUGCUGAUGCAGGCUGGUGUCGACAUGGUGGUGCUGGACUCCUCCCAGGGAAACUCUGUCUAUCAGAUCAACAUGAUCAACUACAUCAAACAGAAAUACCCUGAACUACAGGUGGUGGGAGGAAACGUGGUGACUGCAGCACAGGCUAAGAAUCUGAUAGAUGCGGGUGUGGAUGCUCUGAGGGUGGGGAUGGGCUGUGGCUCCAUCUGCAUCACCCAGGAAGUGAUGGCGUGUGGGCGUCCCCAGGGUACAUCAGUGUACAAGGUGGCAGAGUAUGCCAGGCGUUUCGGUGUGCCUGUCAUCGCAGACGGAGGCAUCCAGACCGUUGGACACGUGGUCAAAGCUCUCGCUCUCGGGGCAUCCACAGUGAUGAUGGGGUCAUUGCUCGCGGCUACCACGGAGGCCCCGGGGGAGUAUUUCUUCUCGGACGGCGUGCGACUAAAGAAGUAUCGCGGGAUGGGCUCCCUUGACGCCAUGGAGAAGAACAGCAGCAGCCAGAAACGCUACUUCAGUGAGGGGGACAAGGUGAAGGUGGCUCAGGGUGUGUCAGGGUCGGUCCAGGAUAAAGGCUCCAUCCAUAAAUUUGCCCCCUAUCUCAUUGCUGGCAUACAACAUGGCUGCCAAGACAUCGGAGCCAAGAGCCUCUGCAUACUGCGGUCCAUGAUGUACUCUGGGGAGCUGAAGUUUGAGAAGAGGACCAUGUCAGCUCAGGUCGAGGGGGGAGUACACGGGCUGCACUCGAGUUGCUACUUAAACCGGGGAUUGGCAGUCUUACCAUACGAGGUCCAUUGUGGGUGCAGGCUUUCGCUCCAGCCAAAGCAGUAACAGCAGAUGCAAUUAUGAGAAGCGGCUAUACUGAGGGAGGAGCGAGAAGAAGCACACGAGCAGCUCCCAGCGUACCCCCACCAGCAGCCACCAGGCACAACAGAAACGUGUGACCUACCUACAACCACUACUCAAUUCAACCAUCACAUAACGUUUUGGUU